AUUGGCCCCAAGUUUGGACACUCGUGUCCUUGUGUUUGGACACCUUGAACCCUUGACAUCCUGGGACUCUUAGUUGGACACACUUAUGUUUACAUGUGACCGGCGGUCAGUUCAGGGACGGUGUGGUGAACGUGUCCUCUGUGUCAGGUUUGCCGUCCAUCCUGUAUCGUUUACUGCAUCAUAAACCAUGUUUUCUACUUUGGCUGAGUGAAAGAGCAGCUGGGUCAUGUCAGGGGUCGGAGUCACCACUACCACUACGCUCCACCCCUCUUGUUCUAGUGUUGAUUUUCACUGCCCACAACUCAGGAAUGAAUGUCCUCGUCUUGGUUUCCGUGUUUUAUUGCUACUCAGACACGGUUUCUGUUCUGUCCCAUUUUGGCAGAGAGGCAACAUGUGUUUGGAGGAGGAGGAAGGGGAGAGGAGGCGGGAGGAGGAGGCGGUACUGUAGUUGAAAGAGAGCAGCAGGAGCCCACGUCUCAGAAGCAUCUAAGAAGAAGAAGAAGAAGAAGAAGAAGAAGAAGACAUCAGAUCUACGGGGCUGAAGACUUGAAGUGCAGUGACCUUAAACCCGUUACUGUGAGCUGGUGCAUCAUGGGAAUCAACGAUAUUGACCACAAUUUCCAAAAAGAAGACAACAUCAAACCAGAUGUUCUCGACACUGAAAUAAAGACUGGAAGUCUCAACCACAGCUCAGUGUGCUCCUCCUCACAAACUGAAACCUCGAAGGAGAACUCGCUCUGCCUGGACUCAGCUUCUCUUGACAAAGCUGGAGGAGGAGGAGGAGGUGGGGGAGACAGGAGCAGGGCAGCGAGCUGCGACGAUGAUGAGGAGGGACACCUGGUUUAUCGCGUCGGCCUGGUGAUGAAUAACAGAUAUGAGGUCGUUUCCUCUCUGGGAGCUGGAGCCUUUGGGAAAGUGGUGAAGUGCAUGGACAGGGAGAAGGACGAGCAUGUCGCUGUUAAGAUUGUGAAGAACAUCGAUUGUUUCCGUGAAGUGGCCAUGUCUGAGAUUGCUGUGUUGGAGGAGAUCAAAUCGUUGGAUGAUGAUCACAGAUUCGCCUGUGUGAGAAUGCUGGACUGGUUUGAACAUGAAGGUCACGUCUGCAUCGUGUUUGAGCUGCUGGGCAUCAGCACCUUUGAGUUCCUGCGACAGAAGAGGUUCCUGCCCUUCACUGUGGAGCAGAUCCGACACAUGGCCUUCCAGAUCUUCAGAGCCGUCUGCUUCCUUCAUCGUAACAAGCUGACACACACCGAUCUCAAGCCAGAAAAUAUUCUAUUGGUGAACCAAGACUGUGACUCCAGCAGCAGCGAGGAGACAAAUCUACAAAGUCUUGAUGUGAAGGUGGUGGAUUUUGGUACCGCCACGUUUGACCACCAACACCAUGAAUCACUGGUGUCGACACGGCAUUACAGAGCUCCAGAGGUUAUACUAGAUCUCGGCUGGAACCAGUCAUGUGAUGUUUGGAGUCUGGGCUGUGUUCUUAUGGAAUUUUACCUUGGACACACACUCUUCCCAACUCAUGACAGCAAAGAACAUCUGGCCAUGAUGGAGAAAGUUCUGGGACCGAUUCCUGGCCAUAUGUUGAAACAGACGAGAAAAAAACAUUACAUCCAUAAUGACCGUCUGCACUGGGAUGAACAAAGCUCGUCUGACAGCUACGUGAGGAAACACUGUAAACCCCUGAAGCAGAUCAUGCCCAGGGUGAGAGAGGAGGAGCGGCAGCUCUUCGACUUGGUCAGCUGCAUGUUGGAGUACGACGUCUGCAGCCGCAUCACCCUGGAGGAGGCGCUGUGGCAUCCGUUCUUCGGCCCUGUACGGGCACAGACGCAUCAGCGCAGUUAGCACGGAAACACGACACAGAGUCGCUGAUGACCAUGUUCAUGGGACAGACAGGCGCCUGGAUCAGCACCAAGUUACAAAAACAUGUAAAUAUUCUGAUAAAUGAUAGAAACUUUGUAUAUAUUUGUACAUGUAAAAUAUUCUGUAUCUACCUCAGGGUUUUGAGCGUGUUUUUAAAUAGUACCAGGAACCAGCAACAGCGCUGUGAAGUAGGCAGGGCGAUAUUUUUCAAGCCAAAGAUCCUGUAAUUAA